AUGUAUCGAAGCACAAACAAGAAGAAGCGAUCCGGCGAGAACGGUGGCGUUAAAGGUCCCAGUUCGGCGUUAACCCAGUUCUUAAAGGACCAAGGCAUUAGUGCUCAGGCAAUCAAAAGCCGCUGGGAAAGGCGUAAGCAACAUGAGGGAAAGAGUGAAACUUCUGAGGAUUUGGAGACACCUUCAGUGAAAUCUGAGGAAAAUGAGGUUAUCUAUAUCGAUCAAGAGGAGAGCGAAAGCACUGAGACCGAUCAGGAACUAGCAUCCACACCUUUUGACAAAAGGAUGAGGUCCAUGCGGGAAGAUAGUGACGAAGAAGAAUAUGAGGCCGAUGAUUUCCCGGUAAACAAGAAAGUCACCACGGAAAAACGAGUUGAUGAUGAAGCAAGAAAGGCGAAGAUUUUGCAGACUCGACGAAAGAAACGGAAGAAGGCCGCUUUUAUUUUGGAUAGACGUACAGAGAAGGUUCCUACCUUACAGGAUCUUUGCAUAUCGCGAAUUAGCGAGAAUAUUUACAAAUGGCAAAAGGAAAAUGAGGAAGAGAAAGGCGUCAGCUUUUCUCAAAUAAGAGAUGUUCUUGGUGGUAUAUCGACAGAUAACUUGAAAAACUUAGCUAAGGCCCUGUCGAAGAAUAGAGCUUUGAACGACCAUACUCUGCAACUUUUCUUGAAAACAGAUUUAACGGAACUGACUUUCCACGAUUGUUCCAAGCUGUCCUCGGAGGGUUACAGGUAUUUGGCGAUCUUUUCUCCUCAUCUGACGAAGUUGUCCCUUCAAAUGUGUGGUCAACUCAAUAACGACUCACUUAUGUAUAUUGCAGAGAAACUAUCCAAUCUGACAUCGAUUUCGCUAGACGGGCCUUUCCUGAUAAAUGAGAGCACCUGGGAUAUGUUUUUCCAGAAGAUGAAAGGCCGUCUCAAAGAGUUCCAUAUAUCGAACACGCACAGGUUUACUAAUCAAUCGCUAAUGAGCCUUCUUAGGAACUGUGGUCCGGAAUUGGUUUCUCUGGGGUUAGCAACAUUGGACUCUGUUUCACAGUAUCAACUUCUGCCGCAGCAUCUUUGCAACAGCGAAUUCCACACUCUCGCCAUACAAAAUCCGCUAAAUGAGGAAGAUGUUAAAGAUGAAACAAUUAUCAAGAUUUUGGCUAAAAUCGGCUCAAGCUUAAGGAAAUUUGAAUUGGUAGGCUGCACAGAAUUGACCGAUUCAAUGGUUGUUGAUGGAAUGGCUGUUUAUCUCGAGAACAAUAAUGUACUAGAAGCACUGAAAUUAGAAGAACUGACUUCAAUAACAACCGAUGGCCUAGUAUACCUCUACAGCAAGUUGACGAUGCCUAGCUUGAAAGUCUGUAGCUUAAAGCGAUGUACGCAAAUCGAAGAUAGCGCACUGAUCGAGCUCUUAUCUAACCCGGCAAAAAAUUCACUGGAGUAUCUCAAUUUAAACUCACUCAAUAAAUUGUCGAAGGAGGUAUUUUCAACCAUGCUUUGCCCGAAUCUACGGCACUUGGAUGUUUCCUUUGUCAGGGCCGUUGACGACGUAAUAGCGGAACAGGUUGCAACAGCUAACCCGAACUUGAGACUCAUGGAGGUUUUUGGUGAUAAUCUUGUUACCGGCAGCGCAAAAUUACCCCAUACUCUAACCGUAACCGGAAGAGAAAGUGAUACUUUAUAA